CAAGGUUUGUUCGAAAGAAGCGGUACACUGUUGUUUUCUACAGACCACUUCUUUGAGAUGAAUAAGACGGACUAUCGCGAGGAAGUAAUGCAACUUUUAUCAUUUCUCUCCUCAUAAUUUCCAAUUUGGAGUAAUUCAAUCGAUUCACCAUCGUUGUUUUCAAGCUAAGAAAGUUUACUGUUUCGACCAUGUUGACCUACGCCAAGCAAGCCAUCAACUUCGCUCGAGUCUACCUCAGCGUCACCCGCAAGGAUAUGCAGUUCUACGCUUCCCUUGACGAGUGUGAAGUAACCCCAACCCCAACUUGAAGAACUUGACCUCGGAGGAUCUCCAGUUCGAGAAUCCUCGAGUCGUCUCGUUCAAGACCAUCGACAACAAACCUGCCCCGGAAACCGAAACAGAGAGUAAGUCCAACAUGCAUGCAUGCACAACCUGUUUAUUGCUUUAUCUUCCUGUUGUAUCUCACCAUUUUCUAUUUUGCUUUUUCAAAUUCCAAACACAGAAGUCUCUACCGUGAUCCCCAAGUCCCUUGUCCUCAAGAAUGACGACAAGCGUGCUGUUCCAGUCGAGCCCUCUCCCGCCAACAACGACCUUGUUCUUGAUACCAACAACGAACUUGUUCUUGCUGCCAACGACGAACUUGUUCUUGCUGCCAACAACGAACGUGUUCGUUCUGCCGGUGAUGCCUUUGGCCUUGCUCCCUCCGAGCUCGCCACCCUCACCCGAGAGCGUGUACGGGAACGCUUCCGCGAGGCGGUGUUCUCCUACCAUCCCGACCGAAACCCAAGCAGCACCACGGUCCAAAUGCAGGUGAUUCGCGACGCCAAGGACAUUCUCCUUGCCGCAUGUGACGGAAACAUUCCCGAAAUCGAGAAUGACACCACUCCCGUUGCUUUGAUUGCGAACGACGUUUCUCCUGCCUGCACCAAGGCCAAUGCCAUUGUCCCUCAGAUUACGAGCGGCAUUGCCAUCAAGAACGAAGCCGCAAUUCAGAUUGCGCAGACCAAUGUCCCUCAGAUUACGAGCGACAUUGCUCUCUCCUGCCCCAAGACGGCCACCGGAACCAAGCUCCCAGCCUCUCUCGAAGCAUUGCAGUCUUUGCAAUUGCAGAAGCGCGAGACUUCCCUUGGAUUCUACGAGAAGAAAUCUACCAAGCGACCUUUGCCUUUCCCUGUUGGCUACGAAUUCAAGGAUAGUGGUAAGCUUUUGCGAAAAGGGAUAAAGAGAAACGUAUUUUUGGGGAAUUCUACCAUUGAACCGUGCAAAUUUCCAACUAUAGCAUUGAUCGGAUAUACCAGUAACAGCAACAACAAAUCUGUUUUCUACGAAUUCAAGGAUAGUGGCAAGCGUUUGCGAAAAGGGAUAAAGAAAAAAAACAUUUUAAAGCCUCAGCCCGCCAUCAAAUUCCGAUAGUCAUCCAAAUAGUGAGGGAAAUUUAGUUACAGACGCAGAAAAGAAAAACUGCAUUGUCAAUGCAAGUAAACAGAGACUGUUACACCGAUCACUGUCCACAAAUUCAUCGCAUGGAACAGGAACUCUACCCGGAACAAACCUCCCGACCGUCGAAUACGUUCGUGAAAUCACGGACAAAGACAUCACAACACACGAACAACCGUGUGGCCGAAAGAAGAGGGCCAAGCGAAUACAUGAGGAAAAACUUGAUACAGACGCUGACGAGAUCAAUGAGGACGAUAACAGAAGCAGCACCGGUUUCAAAAAGAAUGCUCUUCUACAGGAAACAGACACAAAUAGUGAUCAAUCAAAUCAACCUUCAUGUGCAAUCAUCGGUGAUACCAACGACGAAAUAUCAGAGGAGGAAUCGGCAAGCCAAAAAGCAUUCCAUACCAAUCAGAAUCCACAUGGUUCUCUAGUUCCCUUUCCUCUUUCAAUCGUUCUCCCCAGACAAGGAGACCUGGUAUGGGUGAUGCAGGGCAAGACGGAGCACAUGGCCAUCUACGUCGGAGAACUACGCAACAGCACCGAGGGGGUAGGAUACGAAGAGGUGAAGGUCCGUUGGUCGACCAAUCGUCUCGCGCAGUAUGUGCCGUUACGGAGUGUCCGUGUUUUCGAAAUGGGCACCAAGCGGGGAGCGAGGAAGCGGCGGGUGCGGUCAUAAACGUGGAGAAAAACGAUCAAUCUGCGUAGCUAGAACCCUUCGUUCUUUUUUGUGUGUACGAAUUCCCGAUGACAAAAAGAAACAUUCAAAGAAACGAAAUCAAACAAGGAGAAGAAGGCGACGAGGAGGCUACAUUUCUUCAGAGGCGAUAAAGUGACAGUUGUGGAGAGUAGUAGCAAAAGAUAGAUCAGUUUGAUUCCAUUUCUUGUUUUGUGCGGCAAGACUCACUCAAGGUUGAGAGGCGCUUGUAGUACACAUAGCUUCGUGCACGUCUUUGCAAUCGCUUUGCACAAAUUUGUAUUAUUAAGCUGAUAAGGACGAAGUGAAAGAAGGAAAUUAAAUUGCGUUGCUGUUG